GUUUGUAAUCAGCUGACCGCAUAAACAAAUGUAAGGUUUUACUGCAUUUAUGUAUAUUUUUGUUGCUUGAAUUUAUCAAUUUACCGGCUGAUUCCGUACAAUUGUAAAGCAAGAUGAAAUCAGUGUAGUACCAGGAUAAUUUGUAUUCUUGAGGUUCCGGAAAUUGAGUGCGAAGCUGGAAUAGGGAACGCAGGAUGAGUCUCUCUUUGAGCAAACCAGAAUCGCGCUUGGCCGCAGUUACAUUCUUUGCGAGAACCCACCCUGGUGAUGUAUGUGGCAGCAAUGGCUUACCACUAACACCAAAUUCCAUUGCGAUUUUGGGACUAGCCCAACGGCUUAAGGAAUUGAAAAAUCCGCAUCUGUGUCAAUACUUGGACUUUGUGCGUGGUAAACAUGAGCGCACAAUUGUGGUAUCUGAGUACUUCGGCAAUACCUUGCAAGACAAAUCGCGAGUAGAAUUACCGGAUUCGCUGGUAGCAAGAAUAUUCUACCAAAUUGUUUGUGCUCUGAAUGAGCUUUCAGAACACAAUUUAGUCAUACACAAUUUGGAACCAAAAAAUAUACUUAUAGAUGAGUGCGAUAAUGUAAAGUUGUUCAAUUAUGGACUUUACCAUAUGACUAAGGGUGGAGACUAUGUACCCUUCCCUAUUGGCAAUAUACGUUAUAUGCCGCCAGAGCGCCUGCUCGGCGCGAAAAAUAAUAUAAAAAGCGAUAUUUGGUCUUUGGGAAUGAUAUUGGCUGAACUUUUGUUGCACACCACGUUUUGGUCUAACUUGAAAAUAUCGAAUAUAACGCGAAAAAUACUUUCAUUCUGUCAAACAAGUAAUGUGUUUGAGAAAAUUGCUCGCGAACAUAAUUGCCUGGAACUAUAUGAGAACAUAAAUGAAGACUUACGUUCCUUGGUGGAAAAUUGCUUAUGUGUGUUACCUUCACAACGCCCACUGCCGAGUACUCUUUUAACGCAUGAGUUUUUUGCAAAAAAUAUCAAAGUCUACACAUAUACCGUACCUACACAAUCAACUGUUCUGUUGUUGCGUUGUCCGCUGGAACAGAUAUAUUAUUGGUGGCAAUUAGCUGGCGGUGAUGUACAAGCUGAACUUAAAAAGGAAGGUCUCAUUCGCAGCGAGGCGCCAAUACUGGCGAUACCGCAAUUGGUUUGCCUGAAUGGCACAAUUAUCGGACCGAAACGUAGUCAAUCGUAUCUUAUGGAUGAUCGUGUAGUGCCACUCAAAUUGAACAAUCUCUUUGAAAAGCUUUGCAACCUACCGGCAAUGGCUUAUUUUCCAUUAAUACAUUCGCCGAAAUUCCCACACAACUUUGGUGCUGGUAUGGAGCAAUUACCUUUGGUAAUACGCGAAAAAGAUAUCGAAUAUCAAUUUUAUCGCGUCCGGCUAUUUUCACGGUUGUUAAAGGGCUAUCCUUACACUAGGGAAAUGAUAUGUAAAGAAGCUACGGCAGAUAUACCACCACAUUUACGCGGCGCUAUUUGGGCAUGCCUGCUUGGGGUAAUACCAAAUGGUAGUUAUGAGAAAAUCGAUAAGUUCACACCCACCUCCACAGAUCGUCAAAUCGAAGUAGAUAUACCCCGCUGUCAUCAAUAUGACGAACUAUUAUCUUCACCAGAGGGCCAUUGCAAGUUAAAGCGACUUUUAAAAGCCUGGGUAACUGCUCAUCCACAAUAUGUCUAUUGGCAAGGAUUAGAUUCGCUGACAGCGCCGUUUUUAUAUCUUAACUUCAAUAAUGAGGAGUUAGCAUUUCUCAGCCUUUACAAAUUCAUACCAAAAUACCUGCAAUGGUUUUUCCUCAAAGAUAAUUCAGCGAUUAUUAAAGAGUAUCUAAGCAAAUUCUCACAACUCACCGCAUUCCAUGAACCUAUUUUGGCCAAGCAUUUAUCAAGCAUAAAUUUUAUACCAGAACUCUUUGCAAUUCCUUGGUUUCUCACAAUGUUUUCGCACGUUUUCCCUCUACACAAGAUAAUGCAUCUCUGGGACAAGCUUAUGCUAGGUGAUAGUUCCUAUCCUCUGUUUAUCGGCAUCGCUAUAUUGAAGCAGUUAAAGACUACUCUUCUCAGCUCUGGAUUCAACGAGUGCAUUUUACUUUUUUCCGAUUUGCCAGAUAUCGUAAUGGAAACUUGCGUUUUAGAGUCGCAGAAAAUGUAUGAAUGCACACCUAAAAGUGUUUCCCAUCGUUUCCACGUGUUACGUGAAGCACCUCUUUCUGAAUUUGAUAUUACACCCGAAGUAACUUUGCUGCAUUUGCAAGCUGAGAUGUGUCCUCGUAUAAGCGCAAAUGAUUUUACACAUCUUCUACAUCAUACGCCUACUGAUAUGCUUGCGUUGGAUUUGCGUAGUGCUGUCGAGUUCGCGCAUGUGCGCGUGCCUUACAGCAUGAAUAUACCUUUUGCCACAGCACAAAUAUCGGAGCCGCGUCUAGAGGCUUUGGGUGUGCCGCAAUUGGAGGAAAUGUUAUCGGGUCGUACGGUAAUAUGCAUUAGUAACACACACGAACACGCCGUUCAGUUCUCGAAGUUCUUGGUGGAGUGUGGAGUACUACAUGUUUGCAUUUUGCAUAAAGGCUUCAAUAUUCUACACACCAUUGAACCUAAUAUACUAAUUUCGAAUUAAUAUUUGAAGAAGUUGAUUUUAUUUCAUUUAUUUGUCCUGCAAACAGACAUAUGUAUGUAUAUAGAAGCGAAUAAAUUUUUGUAAUUUAUAAAUACUUAGUAUUCAGGAAAUAUUUCUAGAAAUUAUAAUUAUAUUGAUGGCUCUUUUGGUAACUAAAAUGAGCCACGUAUAUUUACGAAACGCCAGUAUAUUUGUACGACUCAGAAAAAAAAGUGUAUGCAUGGUGUGAAACUUGUGAGGUUUUUACAAUUUCAAGGAACAAAGUAUUAAAUAGUAAGGCAAAUAUGUAAACAUGUUAAA